GGUGCAAAUAAAAUCAGCCUGGGACAGCUGCGAAUCGCUUCAGCACAAAUGUCUUCUAACUCUCAGAAUUAGUCAUCCUGGCUCAUCACAGUGGUUUUGUGCGGCUGUUAAAUGCCAUGUAUCAUACCAGAAAGGCGCACAAUAUAUGCGUACUUCCUGUAGGAAGAGAAACCGAUAACUAAAAUGGCGUUUUCAGAUAAUCAACUGGAAAAGGCCCCUGUGCAGUGCGAGAAGGAUGACAAGUUUCCCAUACCAUGCCAGGACAACUCAUUUGGGUUCAGCGGCUGUGUCAUCUCUGAGAAUAUUUCCAUGCCGUUGAGGAGGUGUACACCGUUUUUGACUAACAGCAGAGGACAGUCCUCCCCCAGGACAUCCUAUGAAAACCCGGUCAUUCACGGGGACACUGUGAACAUGUACACACCACCUAGUCACAUGCUGGACGGUACUGGAGUGGAGCCCUCCGGUCAGCAGAGUGUCCCUCCACAAGUCCUCUCGCACGAGAACACACUCCCCCUUCAGUCUCGUGACAGUCACACUUUCACUGACGGAAACGUUUCAAUGUUGUUUUGUCUAGGCGGAUCUUCAGAAGCCAUGACAGUGGGUGGUGUGGGACACUACAGGUCUCAGCAGGUGGAGAGCUUGUUGGAGGAAGAAGAUAUGAAUAAGUAUCUGAAGGGAAAAAAGAAAAAAGCACAAACACGAAGACAAAAAUCCCAUCAGAUCCUCCGAAAAAUAACACACUAGCGUCUGACUGACAAAGACUGGAUUGUUUUUUCUUUUUGCACCAUUUUCAAAAACAUUAAUAUACUUUUUGUAAUUCAAGAAACAGUAUAAUUAGAAACACACUAGUCUAAUGUUUCUUGGUUUAAACACUUAACAGUAAAAUAUUUGAUUUAUUUAUGUUCAUUUUAAUUAAAUUGAAAGCUAAUUAAUAAACAUUUGUAACAUAUUGACCCCAUCACACCUAGAACAGUAUUACUGUAGAAUUGUGAUAUUCCUCUUUGAUUAUAAACUGGCAUUUAUAUGAACGUGUAUAGAGGUUACUGUCAGUAAAGUAGUGCAGCAUACUAGGACUACAGUUGUUCUUGCGUGCUGGCACUGGACCACUACAACAGCGUUCAUACUGGCUGGCGCACUGUGCCAAUAUACAGCACAUACACGACAGACGUAAAAAAAAAUUAUAGAUUUUAAAGAGUUUAAAUCUUAAUUAUGAUUAUUUCCGCCACAUGGCUGUCAGACUCUCUACGUAUCUACGUGUGGGCGGAGCUUCAGUGGCUGAGACUACGUCACUAAAACGUGUUCGCCCAGUUUAUGUUCCAGUGGAUUUGUUGCAAGUUGUAUAAAAUUCUGUAUUACUUUUAGUGCACAAUUUUAAUUAAUCAUGCAACCUUCAAGUCAGGGUACGCAGUCUAAAAUCCAGCCCUAGUUCAUAGCCUAGUUCUAAUUUUAAAUAUAAGUUACUUUUAGUAUUACACAAUUUGGCGUUAUUAUUUUUAGUAAUUACAUAAAUCAUUCGAAGCAUUAAUAUCAGUUUAAUUUCACAACCUUUGAAUAAAUAGCCAGUUUUUGUCUA